AUGGCAAUCCGCGAUGUAUCAGCGAAACAAGUUGGCAACUGGUCUGGGUGUCACUGCGUGGCAUGGGACGCAAACGCACCCGCCAAUGCAGGAGACCGCGAGAUCUCCAAUGAGUUUACCAAGUCCGGCUACCCAUUAGGGAUCAUGAUCAACCGUCAAGGCUCAAGAUUUGUGGACGAAGGCUCGGAUCUACGCAACUACACCUAUGCCAUGAUCGGGCGACAGAUCCUGCAUCAGCCCGGUCAUGUUGCGUUCCAAAUCUGGGAUUCGCGGACAAUCUCCUGGCUGCGAAAGGAAGAGUAUCGACCAGAAGUGGUGCAGCACAUUACAGCAUUGUCGAUAUCGGAGCUGGCAGAGAAAUGUGCGAUGGAACAUGGCCUGGAGGACAAGGAUCGGUUCGAGCGAACGAUCCAUGAGUUCAAUAACGCUGUUUAUGAGAGCCAACGGCUGAAUCCUGGCCAACAAUGGGAUCCAGCCGUAAAGGACGGCCUCUCAACUCAGUCGAAGGCAUGUACACUCAGCAUCCCCAAGUCCAAUUGGGCGUUGCCUAUUGACCAGCCUCCGUUCCUGGCUGUAAAAGUCAGUGCGGGUGUCACCUUUACAUUUGGUGGUUUGGCGGUGAAUCCAGAGACAACUGCUGUGGUUUCGUCUACCACGAACUGUGAUAUCCCCGGGUUGUAUUGCGCUGGGGAGAUGGUUGGGGGACUCUUCUAUGACAAUUAUCCCGGAGGUAGUGGGCUGACGUCGGGAGCGGUUUUUGGACGGAGGGCAGGGAGAACUGCUGCAAGGGCUUCUACGAUUGCUUUCCGAUGA